AUGCUGACCUGUAGCCUGCUGUGGACACUCCUCACUGAUCUCUCCAACCGGCUGCUCCGCUACUUCGGACGUCAAGUGCGGCUCGUCGUCCACGGUGGUGUCAUUAUGGUGAUGCACCCCAAGCUCGCCUGCCGUCCGGGCACUCGCGACGUGGACUACAACCACCGUUCGUUCGAAAUGGAGUGGCAGAGGAAGGGAGUCCCUGAUGCUGGCAAGCGCCUGCAGUUCUGCAUCGCGGCGACGGCGUCCAAGUAUAACUUGGGAGCGGACUGGAUGAACGCGUGCGCCGACGUCGCACUUCCGAUGGCCAUCGAUGCACACGGUCAGUUGUAUGACCCCAUCUGGACAGACGCCAUGAGUCCCCAGAACAGGAAGAUCAAUACCAUCUUCUCCCAGCCCGGUCUCGAGCUCGUCGGCGUUAGCUGGAGCUGGGCGGUCGCGUUGAAGCUUGUCCGUUACGAGAAGUACGACCCUCACGACAUCGCACACAUUUUACGCCUCGGGAAGCGCCAGAAGGGUGUCCAGUGGACGCGCAAACUGAUGGAGGAAUGGCUUGUCAAUAUGUGUGGCGCCAUGGGCUACCAUGGCUAUCCAUCCUGGCAGAUGGAGGCGACACGAGGCAAGAUGCGCCAUGCUAUUUCUCUUGCGCAGGCCCACGUCUAG